AUGGACAAUCACUCUAGUGCCACUGAAUUCUGCCUGGUGGGCUUCCCUGGGACUCAAGAACUGCGUCGUGUUCUUUUUGGUAUAUUCUUUCUCUUUUAUUCAGUGACAUUACUGGGAAACACAGUCAUCAUCAUGAUUGUCUGUGUUGAUAAACGUCUGCAGUCUCCCAUGUAUUUCUUCCUUGGUCACCUCUCUCUUCUAGAGACCCUGACCACAUCCGUAAUUGUGCCUGUGAUGCUUUGGGGUCUGCUGCUCCCUGGAAUCCAAACAAUCUCUCUGAAUGGGUGUGUUGCCCAACUCUUCCUGUACCUUGCUCUGGGGACCACUGAGUUGGCCUUGCUUGCAGUGAUGGCUGUGGACCGUUAUGUGGCUGUGUGUAACCCUCUGAGGUACAACAUCAUUAUGAACAACUGCACCUGCAUUUGGGUGGUCAUCAUGUCAUGGGCAUUUGGAUGCCUUUCUAAAAUCUGGCCAGUCUAUGCCACCUUUCAGUUUACCUUCUGCAAGUCAAAUCUGUUAAACCAUUUUUACUGUGACAGAGGACAAUUACUCAGAGUGUCAUGUGAUGAGACUUUCUUCACAGAGUUUGUUCUUUUUCUGAUGGCUGUUUUUAUCAUCAUUGGUUCUUUGAUCCCUGUGAUUAUUUCCUACACCUACAUCACUUCCACCAUCCUCAAGAUCCCUUCAAUCUCUAGCCAGAGGAAAGCCUUCUCCACUUGUGCCUCCCACUUCACAUUUGUUGUGAUUGUCUAUGGCAGCUGCUUGUUUCUUUAUGUAAAACCCAGGCAAACACAGGCAGCUGAAUACAACAGGGUAGCGUCACUGCUGGUUUCAGUGGUGACCCCUUUCCUGAACCCUUUCAUCUUUACUCUCAGGAAUGACAAAGUCAAAGAAGCCCUCCGUGAUGGAGUGAAACACUGCUGUCAGUUCCUCAAAGAUUAG